GAUACUAACCAGAGCAGUGAUACUAGCCAGAGCAGUGAUACUAGCCAGAGCAAUGAUACUAGCCAGAGCAGCGAUACUAGCAGUGGUACUAGCAGUGAUACUAGCCAGAGCAGUGAUACUAGCAGUGAUACUAGCCAGAGCAGCGAUACUAGCAGUGGUACUAGCAGUGAUACUAGCCAGAGCAGUGAUACUAGCCAGAGCAGCGAUACUAGCAGUGAUACUAGCCAGAGCUGCGAUACUAGCAGUGAUACUAGCCAGAGCAGCGAUACUAGCAGUGGUACUAGCAGUGAUACUAGCAGUGAUUCAAGCCAGAGCAGUGAUACUAGCCAGAGCAGUGAUACUAGCCAGAGCAGUGAUACUAGCCAGAGCAGUGGUAGUAGACAGAGCAGUGGUACUAGCCAGAGCAGUGGUACUAACCAGAGCAGUGAUACUAGCCAGAGCAGUGGUACUAACCAGAGCAGUGAUACUAAUCAGAGCAGUGAUAGCCAGAGCAGUGAUACUAGCCAGAGCAGUGGUACUAACCAGAGCAGUGGUACUAACCAGAGCAGUGAUACUAGCCAGAGCAGUGAUACUAACCAGAGCAGUGAUACUAACCAGAGCAGUGAUACUAGCCAGAGCAGUGAUACUAGCCAGAGCAGUGAUACUAGCCAGAGCAGUGAUACUAACCAGAGCAGUGAUACUAGCCAGAGCAGUGAUACUAACCAGAGCAGUGAUACUAGCCAGAGCAGUGAUACUAGCCAGAGCAAUGAUACUAGCCAGAGCAGCGAUACUAGCAGUGGUACUAGCAGUGAUACUAGCCAGAGCAGUGAUACUAGCAGUGAUACUAGCAGUGAUACUAGCCAGAGCAGCGAUACUAGCAGUGAUACUAGCCAGAGCAGUGAUACUAGCCAGAGCAGCGAUACUAGCAGUGAUACUAGCCAGAGCUGCGAUACUAGCAGUGAUACUAGCCAGAGCAGCGAUACUAGCAGUGGUACUAGCAGUGAUACUAGCAGUGAUUCAAGCCAGAGCAGUGAUUCUAGCCAGAGCAGCGAUACUAGCAGUGGUACUAGCCAGAGCAGUGGUACUAGCCAGAGCAGUGAUCCUAGCCAGAGCAGUGAUCCUAGCCAGAGCAGUGAUACUAGCCAGAGCAGUGAUACUAGCCAGAGCAGUGAUACUAGCCAGAGCAGUGAUACUAGCCAGAGCAGUGAUACUAACCAGAGCAGUGAUACUAGCCAGAGCAGUGAUACUAGCCAGAGCAAUGAUACUAGCCAGAGCAGCGAUACUAGCAGUGGUACUAGCAGUGAUACUAGCCAGAGCAGUGAUACUAGCAGUGAUACUAGCAGUGAUACUAGCCAGAGCAGCGAUACUAGCAGUGGUACUAGCAGUGAUACUAGCCAGAGCAGUGAUACUAGCCAGAGCAGCGAUACUAGCAGUGAUACUAGCCAGAGCUGCGAUACUAGCAGUGAUACUAGCCAGAGCAGCGAUACUAGCAGUGGUACUAGCAGUGAUACUAGCAGUGAUUCAAGCCAGAGCAGUGAUACUAGCCAGAGCAGUGAUACUAGCCAGAGCAGCGAUACUAGCCAGAGCAGUGAUUCUAGCCAGAGCAGCGAUACUAGCAGUGGUACUAGCCAGAGCAGUGAUCCUAGCCAGAGCAGUGAUACUAGCAGUGAUACUAGCCAGAGCAGCGAUACUAGCAGUGAUACUAGCCAGAGCAGCGAUACUAGCAGUGAUACUAGCCAGAGCAGUGAUACUAGCCAGAGCAGUGAUACUAGACAGAGCAGUGAUACUAGCCAGAGCAGUGGUAGUAGACAGAGCAGUGAUACUAACCAGAACAGUGAUACUAGACAGAGCAAUGAUACUAACCAGAACAGUGAUACUAACCAGAACAGUGAUACUAGACAGAGCAGUGAUACUAGACAGAGCAGUGAGAGCAGUGAUACUAACCAGAACAGUGAUACUAACCAGAGCAGUGAUACUAACCAGAACAGUGAUACUAACCAGAACAGUGAUACUAACCAGAGCAGUGAUACUAACCAGAGCAGUGAUACUAACCAGAGCAGUGAUACUAGCCAGAGCAGUAAUACUAACCAGAACAGUGAUACUAACCAGAACAGUGAUACUAACCAGAGCAGUGUUACUAACCAGAACAUUGUAUGA